AUGAAGUCUCGUGAUGUGACUGAAUUUAAUUUUUCCAUUGAUCUAUCGCCUUACAUUUCUGAACAAUGGAGACGUGUUGCUGUUAUUCCAUCGGCAAAGGCGAUAAGAGCUGGUGAAACCGUUACAUUACGAGAUGCUCUUGAACAAUAUACACUUUCCAACAAGAAAAUCAAAGAAAUAGUAUUGCAAAAGCAAUAUCAUGGCUGGAAUUUAGAAGAAUUGCAGAAAAAACUUAUUGUAUUAGUUCGUUCAACUGGUUAUCAAAAUAGCAUUAAUGUCACUUAUAAUAGAGUCAAUUAUCAGAUUACUGCUCGUUCAUCUUCAAAAUUUAGCCGUUUUGCUAAUUCGACUGUGAUUCGUGUCUUGUGUUGUAUUUCCUGCCUAUGUAUUAUUUUUGGUCCUAUUUAUUAUUGUUUACGUACUAUAGGUUCAACGCGUGAUAAUAUUGUUGCCGAAUAUAUGAUGAUGAAGUCUGAUGAUACUUUUCUUCAACUUAAUGCUCAAAAGAUUGUUAAUUCAGUGAUUCAGCGUUCAUAUAAUUCGUAUAUAGCACAUUUUGCCUAA